AGAGAGAGACGCUGCAGAGUUUUUUUCUUCAACUCUUGCUGGAAUCACAGGAGGAAGAAAAGCAAAGUGAAGAGAAACCCCAGCAGCACAGAAUUCAAGAGGAUUUGUUUUAAACCAUGAAACAUCUGACGUGGAUCAGCGCUCUCUCACUCCUGCUGUCUUUUACACUAGGAACUGCAGAUCACAGACAGCGGCGGCAGAUCUCCGUCAUGAGUGGGCUGGGUGUGUGUCGAUACGGCAGCCGGUUGGAGUGCUGCUACGGCUGGAAGAAAAACACUAAAGGACAAUGUGAAGCUCAGUGUGAUCUGGGCUGCAAACACGGCGAGUGUGUCGGCCCCAACAAAUGCAAGUGUUUUCCUGGAUACACUGGAAAGACCUGCAGCCAAGAUCUGAAUGAGUGUGGUCUGAAGCCUCGUCCCUGUGAGCAUCGCUGUAUGAACACAUUCGGCAGCUAUAUGUGCUACUGCUUAAACGGCUACAUGCUAAUGCCUGAUGGAUCCUGUGCAAACUCCAGGACGUGCUCUCUGGCUCACUGUCAGUACGGCUGUGAGGAGGUGCAGUCUGAGGUUCGCUGUCUCUGUCCAUCCCCUGGCCUUCAGCUCGGGUCUGAUGGAAAGACCUGCGAGGACAUUGAUGAAUGUGCGACUGGGAAAAACCAGUGUCCGUUUAACCGGCAGUGCACAAACACAUUCGGCAGCUACUACUGCAAGUGUCAGCCAGGAUACGACCUCAAAUACAUCAAUGGAAAAUACGACUGCGUUGAUGUAAAUGAGUGCACGUCGAACACACACAAGUGCAGUCAUCACGCUGAAUGCAUCAACACUCUUGGGUCCUACAAGUGUAAAUGCAAGCAGGGCUUCCGUGGCAGCGGAUUCGAUUGUUCAGUCAAGCCAUUUUAUCACAGAUCCUGGGACAGCAGUAAAGGAAACACAGAUGUGCUUGUGAACGCGAUUCCCGAUUUUCCGUCCAAAACCCGGAUUUUGGGUAAAUUUGAGAACAGCAUCCCAGAGCCUGUGCUGACUGAAUCUCCUCGACAGCAUCUGCAACCCUUCGAUUAUGAUGGAGAGGUUUACAUCGGCGCUCCACAGGAAACACCAGUGUUUCCUGAGGAAGAAGAAGUGGAAGAGGAAGAGGAAGAGGACACAGAGAACCAGCUGGAGGAUGAAGAGCUGACCAGCAGAGGAGACGUGUUUUCUCAGGAUGAUUUUGUGUCUUUUUAUCAAUCAGAGUUAGAGUUGAAGGAGAUCCAGGCGGCGCCGCUGAAGGAAAGAUUUCUGACGGAUUGUGACUUUGACCGCGGUGCUUGUGAAUGGGUUCAGGAUAACGCAGAUGAUCUGGACUGGACCAUCAAAUAUCAUCCAGACGGGCGGGAGUAUUACCUGGCUCUCGAGGGCCCCGUGGGGAACAGGCGUGAGCAGGCCCGCAUGAAGCUCCUGCUGGAAGAUCACAUGCGGCAGAGCAGCUUCUGUCUGAGGUUUGAUUUCCGCAUUGAGGGUCCGCAGACGGGUGUUUUACGGGUGAAACUGGACAACAGCGCCAUCUCCAUCUGGGAGAGAAAACAGAGUCAGAAGCAGAGCUGGCAGAGCGAGCAGAUCAGCAUCAGCUGGACAGACAGUAAUCCUGAAGCGGUGGUCUUUGAGGCUGAGCGGGGACGCUCCGGCACUGGAGAAAUCGCUCUGGAUCAUGUGCUGCUGAUCUCUGGAGAAUGUUCAGAAGAUAAAACACUCGACUUCUAGGACGAUUAGGAUGUGUGUGUGAGAUGUUAUUAAGCAUCUCAACAGAAACACAUUUAGCUGCUGCUCAGCUUCAUAAAACAGGCGCAGACCUGCAGGAUAAUAAGAAGAGUGAUGGAUGUAAGUCUUAUUAAUAACAUGAUUGUUUUCUGACAGGUGGAUGUUGUUCAUCAUUUGUAUGAUUAUAUAAACACUGUAACAUUAUUAUGGCUGUACAUUUUGCUUAACAUUAAAAUGUUUUUAAGAGAU